AUGGCCCGGCUGGUGGCUUUCUGCUUGGCGGCAGCCUGGCUUGCGGCUGGUGCUGCCGCAUACAUUUGUCACCCGCGCGAUCAGAACAUCUCUGUCUCACCAGUUGAGGUUAACGUCGACUUUGGACAUCGAGACCCCUUCGCCUACAUGCAACCGUUGGUCGGCAGUGGCUACAAGUUCUACCGCGACAUCACUUCUUAUGGUGCUAGGGGCGACGGCAUACACGACGACACUGAGGCCAUCAGCGCGGCCAUUGAAAACGGUAGCCGGCGUGGCCUGGCAACUGCCGAAUCUGUCGCCCUAUCAUUCAGCUCUAUUACACCCAAUUCAUCGGCCAUUCAACCGACCGGCCUACCAUUCUUGGCUGCGAGAGGUUUCUCGGGCAUUGCGCUGAUUGUACUGAUCCGCACAUCCCGGGUGGCUGAGGGUGCCAAUUGCGGCAAGGGAGGCAUCACAAAGCAGGGCGUGGGAUCCGUGUCGUUUAUCGACUGCAAGCUCAGCAACGUGGUCAACGGGAUCCUCACAGAUGCCAGCAGCGAUGCGCCGCCGAACAUGGUCAUCAACAACCUGGUCACCAGCAACGUCGAGCCCAUCCUCGCGACAACCUACGGCAAGAUCUUUCUUCCAGGGAUGGGCACCGCCGGGCUGUGA